AUGCUCGUGGGCGACCGGCCUCAGCCCCGGUUUACGCCUGCCAUUGUAGAUCCGCCAAUCACGCACGUCAUGCCCGCCCUUAACGCCGGGUCAUCCACGGCCCCGUCGGCAACGGGCUGCGCGGAGAAAUCGACCAAGCCGAUGCUCCAACACAUUUGGAUCGUGACCGGGCCCGCCGGGUGUGGGAAAAGCACCGUGGGAGAGGGAUUACGGCAGGAAUUGGGGGUUCCCUUCCUCGAGGGCGACGAUUAUCACCCACAACUCAACAAAGAAAAAAUGGGGCGUGGCACUCCCCUCACCGACGAAGACCGCUGGGACUGGCUCAUCGCCCUGCGCAAAGCCGCCAUCGACGUCCUCGCCCCGUCUCCCGAACGGAACAACCCUGCCGGAGUGGUCGUGGCAUGCUCAGCGCUCAAGCAGAAAUAUCGCGACGUCAUGCGCGUCGCCGCAUAUGGUUCGCCCUCCGUCCAGAUUCAUUUCAUCUAUCUCCAGCUCGACGAGGACGUACUGAUGGCGCGGGUGCGCGCGCGCCAGCAACACUAUAUGAAGAGUGGCAUGGUUCGCUCACAGCUCGCGACUCUCGAGGAGCCCAAGGAUGAAUGGGAUGCGAUUACCAUCAAUGUGCAGGGACCCCCGGAGGAGGUGCAGAAGCGUGUUCAUGAUGCGGUGACCGCGAAGCUGGCGGAGUAUGUGUGA